ACCGUCCAAUAUUCCAGCGGCCGGUUCGAGAGGGAGAAGACGUUUGCACCAUGCCUGUCUCAAUUGCAGGUCGGUUUGCCAAUUGGGCUUUUAGACUCUUGGCCUUCUCGAGUCUCGGCUCCGCAUUGCCGUGCUAGAACUACGGACAUGACACUGAUGCACACCUUUUCUCUCCCCCCUAGGCGGAAAAAGACGCGAUGUCCCGGUGAAAAGCCGGCAUGUUCCAGCUGUGUGCGUUUGUCGCAGUCGUGUACAUAUCCGGUUCUGAGAGCCUCCCAGAGUGGGAGAUCAGACGAGAGGUUACAAAACCUGGAGGACAAGCUGGAUCUCCUACUCAGUGGGGCGAGCCUACCGAGCAGCCACCACCCAGCGCGUCCGCCUAGGCAUCAAGACCAGCAGCAACAACAACAAAAUCAACAACAACCGCAACAACAACCGCAACAACAACAACAACAACAGCAGCAGCAGCAGCAGCAGCAGCAGCAGCAGCAGCAGCAGCAGCAGCAGCAGCAGCAACAGCAACAGCAACAGCAACGGGAGGAUUCUUUGAGUAAUCCAUCAGAGAGGUCGUACUCGCCUACACCACCGGCACGCAGUACCAGACCAAAGGGCAGUGAAGGUCAAGCCAGGAGACGAAGUACAACCGACAAUGGCAGCGCCGCCGGAUCAUCGGUGGGAUUCCACCCCGAAGAUGUUGCCACGGCCAUGGAGCUCUACUUCAAGUACUGCCACCGCCAGCCCAUCUGGUGCUUCGAGCGUGACGAGAUCGGAGACCCCGAGACGCUGCCCGAGGAGCUAACCAGCAGCAUCAUGGCCUUGACGGCGCGCUUCUCUCGCCGGCGGGUCAACACGCAGCUCUACAGCAGCAAUGCCAAGACUCUCAUCAUGCUGCGCAUAGCCAACGGCACCGUGGACCUGUUCACAAUAGAGAGCCUGUGCAUUCUUGCAUAUGCCGCCUUCAUCGAUGGCAACAUGCACCUUGGACAGUUCCAUCUCGGACUGUCCCUGCAGCUGUGCCGGUCGGCCAUGAUAGACAUGGAACCGUUGUAUCUGCCAGAAGGUCAUUGCACAGACCGGAAGAGACGCCUGUUUUGGAGCCUGCAGCUUCUAGAGCAGUCGUACGGUCGGCAGGACGCCCAGCUCAGCAACCCCAACGACAAGCUUCGGGACUCGGAACAGAACGCCGGCUCGACGGCAUCUUCGGCGGUGGCAGCAACGCUAGACCGGGCCCCAUCCCUCCCCAAGGACGAGCUGGGCACGUCCAACGCCAGCGAGCCCGGGAUCUGGAACACCAGCCUGUGUCUGGGCUGGGUGUGGAGUCAGGUGCGACGGUACGUGGCCGACUGCGCGCGCGACGGGGUGGUCAAGGAACCAUGGCGGCACGACUCGCCCUACGCCAAGGUGCUGUCGGACUUUAUGGAGACGGAGAACCGCAUCCCCAUGUGCCACCGGUACGACUCGGUGCGCUUCUUUGAGCGCGACGAGGACGAGAUCAAGCAGAACCGCGCCUACUGGGCCUGCUGGCUCAAGGAGCAGAUGGUCUACCACGCCAUCGUCACCGUGCUCAACCACCCGUUCCUGUACAUCGUCGGCGCCCAGCACAACCCGAACCUGGGCAUCCCAAACACCUUUUGGAGGAGGUCCAGCGAGCAGGCCCUCCUGCACGCCACCUGGCUGGUCAGGAUGAUUGACAUGGUCGUCGACAAGCAGAUUGCCUUGGUGGAGCCCAUAAUCGGCCACAUAGCUGCAAUAGCCGCCACAGUGCAUCUCUACUACAGCUGCGCCGCCGCAGCAAAACUGAAGCACAAGUCCAACACCGACUUUGCCAAAUGCCGCAAGUUCCUCAAGAGCUUCAUCCCCUACUCUGCCGCAUGCGGCGCACUGGACCGCAAUCUCGACAAAAUGGCCCUCAUCGCAGCGGGCGCCGAGGCCGAGAGCAUCGACGUCGACGACUGGAUGCCGUCCAAGAUGUACCUGAGCGUGCCGCUCAUGUGGGAGAUACUGCAGUUCUCGUCCUCGACGUCUCACCUCGGCGCCGAUCCGGGCGGAGGCGGCCUGCUCGACGCCUCGCUGGCUCCUCUGGUGCCGCCCCUCGACAUGUCCGAGUCGUCGACCCUCGAGAUCAUCGUGGCUACGUCGCCCGAGAUCACCAUCAACAUAGCCGACGGCGGCCAAGAGGCCCCGACCCGGCCGCAGCCGGUCGCGCACCGCGGGGGAGGCGGCGGCGGCGUCGUCGGGCCCGGGUCAGGAGGAGGAAGCGCCGGCGGCGGCGGCGGCGGUGCUGCUGCUGCUGCUGCUGUUGCUGUUGCUGCUGUUGCGUCCAACGGUGGAAAUCAUCACCCUCAUCACCAUCAUCACCACCACAACCACCACCAUAAUAAUGGCAGUAACAACAACGGCGGCGGCGGUGGCGGCCACAGCAUGAUGGACCAGCAGCAGCAGGCGGACAGCUUGACCUUUUACACGACGCCGUGGCUGUAUGCCGACCCGGCGCUGUUGGUGGGGAUUGGGGAUCUCAACCUGCCGCAGGAGGAGACUGGUAACGCAUGGUGGGAGGGGGAGAAUCUGAAUAAUAUCAUGUUUAAUUAA